AUGCUUCUAUUCCGUGCUAUUGAGUGGGGUACUGUUGGACACUUUCGAAUGGACAUUGCUCAAAGAGAAGCCUUUAUUUUAAAGCUAGUCGAGCGUGGCGCGAGUUCAGGGCCUGUGUCUGACUUGAGAACCUUAGCUUUAACCACUGCAUGCUCGUGGGUUGGAGGCAACAUCAUAGAGGCUCUCAUGCAGCCCAGGGAUAUGGAAGAAAUAGUGAAGCCUUUUAACAAUAUUGGGAAGUAUUGUCUGAAGCUCGAGAAAUGGAUGUUGCCGGGCGAGCAAGGAAGCUAUAUGCACAUUGCAGCAUAUUACUGUAACUCUCCAGCAGUCUGUGCUCUCAUGGAUAAACGAGCCAGGCUCUUGGUGUCCAAUAAAGAGCGGACGCCUCUUCACUGGUUAUCCAUGAGAGGCUCUAUAACAUCACAGUCAUCCCCUUGGGCAAAAGACUACGAACUUCGAGGUCAAUCGUAUACAGAUGCGUGCCGCGAGACAGCGCAGGUCCUUGUUAAUAGGGCGUUGGACGUUAAUGCGCAAGACGAGUAUGGCAGAACAGCCCUUCACUACGCAUGCCAUCUUAAUAUGGUGGAGCUGAUUCAUGUUCUUGUUGAGCUUGGCGCAGAUAUAGCCAUAUACGACGAAGACGGGUGCCUGGCCUCACACUACCUGGGCGAGGGUAUGUUAGGAUACGAGUACUUCUACUGUGGAAGAGAGACUCACUUCGGGAAGCAAGAAGGUCCGUAUCCUGCAGCCUUGAAAAAGGUAGCUAUGGACGCUUUUAAUUUGCAGCAACUCAAUGCUGGAGACAAGAAUAGCCUGACGCCGCUGAUGCACGCUGUUAAAAACAUACAAUGUGGAGAGAGUGAAAUGGCUGCUUGGCCUGGGCGUGGACGUUGCUCUCACAGACAACAACGGCAAGACUUGUCUUCAUCAUGCCAUGGUCCGCCCUGUCUGCUACCAUGUGCUUAA